GUAGCAAUUUUUAUUUAAAAUUUCAGCAUGAACCACUGAUCGAGGUAUAAAUUUAACUUGAUCUCGAUAUAGAUAUAUACAAUCCUUUCCCACCCCCAACCCAGAAAAAGCGCACAAGCAUACAUAUCUAUGCAUCAAUAUAAUUCUUAUUUAUUCUCUCUCUCACACACACAUUCGCUGUCUUGUCAUUAAAGGGAAGUCAAAAAAAUGAGUUUAAAUAGAAUAAGAAUAUCAUGAUGAAUCACUCUCUUUAUUCUGCCACAUCUACUUCUCCAACGUCUUCUUGCGGUAAAUUAUAUAUAUAUACAAUCAAACUGAGAAGUUAAUGUUUUGUUGUGUAAAUCACAUUGACAGAAAAACGAAUCAACAGAAUGUGGGGGCGUGGCAUACAGGAUGUACACGGCAAUAGAUGCACAUACCAUGUCUCAGUGAAUUUAUCGACGACUUUGACAUGAACCAGAUAAGGUCUGUGAAUAUUUGCACACAAUCUGUACCACGGACGUUUAUAAAACAAGUUCGCGAUCGGAUCUGUACCUCGAUCUUCUGUAGGGAUCAAAUCGGCUAGCUGAAACUCCAGUGGAGCUCUCUAUGGUAUAAGUGUACUUACGCUACAUAACCCGAAUAAGACGUUUUAAAAUAUGUUUGCCUUACUGUUUUAGACCUUUUUUGCUUCAGUUAAAUCCCUGAACUUUCCAGAAUACCCGGGUUUAGUGAAAGAUGUACACUGAUUUUUGAUAUAAUAAAGAUAGUCAUACAAUAUUUUUGAGUGCACCACAACAUCAUUGCACCACAAACAUGGCGGGGUCCAGCACUUCGAGUGCUGAAGCACUGAAACGUUUCGCUGCGAAAGUCGCUGUCUCCAGCACUAAAGAACGCGUAAACGCUCUACAAGAUGUUGUAAAAUUCGUCACUAAUGGAGAUCUGCCAGAACCUGCAGUCAAAGGAAUUUUCAGGUUUCUGACUUCUGCUCUCGGUCGCUACCACGAUGCAGGAUCCAGACGUGCUUCAUUCAAGCUUGUUUCUGCCGUCACAAAAGCUUACCCUGAAUCCAGUGUUAAAAACAUAGUGUCAGCUUUGUCAAGUUUUGCUGAAAGUUGCAAAAAGAAAUACCAUCCUGACAAAAGUACUUCGGGGGAUGCAUUAUUUGCAUUGAGCUGGACCUGUAUUGUAUUGAGAGAAGGGUUAGUGCAAAAUGACAUCUCAGAGCAAAGCCUGCAGCAACUGGUUGGUCUGCAGUGUCUACUUGUAUAUGGUACCUGUUCAGUGGACAGGAGAGUACUUAAUGAAGCUGCCUACCGUAAACUCAGACACGUGUGGAUGGAGGUGCCAGGCUCUGUGGAGAAGUUCCUGCAGUUGUUGGAGAAAGUGGAGCCAGCAGAUCACAACAUGUGUUGUUGUGCCUUAGUUCUGCAGUACUUGACAACCACCAAAAACAAAACUUUGUUGGAUCUAUACAAAGGAACAUUUUUGGAUCUAUACCUGAAGCAAGUCCUGUCCAGCCGCACCAAGCCACCACUUGCUGUUCUGGUGUCAUCCAGAGGAAUCCUUCGACAGUGUACUCACCAGGACUUUAAAGAGCAGGUGUUGCCAGCUGUUCAGAAGGCGAUGCUUCGCAAUCCAGAAAUUAUUCUUGGCACUGUGAGUAAGAUGUUGAGUGAUAUGAGUAUUGACCUCAGUCAGUAUGCCACAGACAUUGCAAAGCUUCUGGGAGCACCCAUUGCUUCAAAAGAUGAGGCAAUACGGAAAAUAGCGGUGGAUGCUGUCAGGAACCUGGCCGGUCAGUGUAGUGAUCCUGGAGCUGUAGAAAAGCUAGUCGUCCACUUUUUUGGUGUUUUGAAUGGGUCUGAGGGAAAACUGGCAGUUGCUGAUCAGAAAGUGAGUGUUCUUCAGGGCAUUGGAAACCUGUUCUAUAACACAGUCAGUGGUACCUCCUCACUGCAGGAACUAGCAACCAAAGUGACAGAACUCUUCCUGCCUACACUUCAGCAAGAGGUACAUGAAGGAACACUGGUACAUGCCCUGGCCAUGAUGUCACUAUGGUGCAGCAAGUUUUACACCCAUGUGCCAGACAAAUUGAUCCAGUGGUUUGAGAAAGGCCUGACGCUGAAGACAUCUACCUCUGCAGUUCGCAGUGCUUACUUCCUUUGCAUGAAUGCCUGUUUCCAUGGUGACACACUGCUGCAGGCAUCCCGUGUAUUGCCUCUCUUGCUGCAGACCGUUGAGAAGACCAGCAAGAUGCCUGGCCAGUCACAGUUGGUGACUGAGAUGCUAUCAGCUUCACGAAUACUAGUCAGGCUUGCUUCAGUUGAUAUUGAUGCAGAGUCCAAGCUGGGCCCAUUUUGGAGUAUGGUGGUCGAUAACAGCAAGCAGUGGAUUGUCAGUGAAAAGUUUCUCACCUCUGCUACCUGCGAAACUUUGUGCAGCCUGGUUUCUUUAGUGGAGCGACUUGUUGUCGACUUUCCUCAUAAGAUGACAGAAGUGAUCUUGCGGCCAUACUAUCGAGCUCUCAUCUUCUGCCUUACACAUCGUUCAUGGACUGUUCGUAGCCAUGCGCUGUCAACAACACGCAGGCUCUUAUCCCUUCUAGGAGGAGCUCAGAUUUCACUCUCUCUUGUUUCUGAAUUCAAAUCUGUUCUUGAAACGCAAAACCUGUCAGACCUAAGACUGCAAAUGGAAAAAGAUGAUGAGGGGAAAGGCAAUGAAGAGUCCAAAGUUAUCAAUCCCAAGAUUCUCUGCAAGGCCUUGCUGUCUGUGUGCUCGGUGGAAAAGGUUGAUAAACAGAAUGCUGAGGCGAUUGCCAUGGCCACACUUUUGCCAGCACAUCAUCCUUAUUUAGUUUACAGCGACCAGGACAUGUGGGUAGAAAUACUGCAAAAGCUCAAUCUGGACCCAGGCUAUUUUGUAGAGAAGCAUGCCACCCAAUGUCUGACAUUUGCCAAAACUGCCCAGAUGCUAGCUCCAAAUGUGGAGAAAGCUAUCAUGACGCUGUGCAGAAUACAUGCUGAAUCAACUGUGGGCCCUCUUAUUGACUAUGUGGCCAGCCUGAUCAGUAACACAGGCCUUGAUCAGGUCACGAAAGAUGAGUAUGGCAUCUUCCUCACGCCCGAAGGGGAGCUGUAUGAUCACACCAUCAUUGAGAAUGCAAUGAAGUCAACCACCAAAGAACAGAAUGUUAAGAGGGAGAACAAACUGUACUCCUAUGCGGAACAAAUGGCAGAGUUAGAGCUGAGAAAGGAAAUUGAGCAUAAAAGGGGGAAGAAGGUGGAAGAAAUGCCUAAACUGUCCAAGAAACAGGAGGAACUUCUGGCAGCUCAGCGCCUGCGAGAAUCAGAAACCAGGCAACGACUCACUGAGAUGUACAACCGCCUUUGCUGUGGCUGCAGUCUGCUGGAUGCAGCUCUGUUGGGAAACCCCAUGGCUUGUCGUCUCCACAUGAAUGCCAUUUGCAAUCUUCUUGUUCCACUGCUUGCCUCUCCUUUGGCAGGGCCUCGUGCCAGCCAAGUCUUCUUACGACUUGGCGAGGCAGCCUUUGAUGACAAACAGCUUGGAACGUUAGUCAGCAACGUGACACUACGACUGCUGGAGCCAGUCUGCAGCACACCCAGCCAGUGGAGUGAAGAGCCAUUGGCCGAGCAGGCUACGAGGACUCUUCAUUUACUUCUCACCUGCACCAAUGUUGACCCAGAAAACCCUGACCUCUUUCCUGCUCCAACUGUUGGGUUUUUGUACUAUUUCUUGGCCUCCAUCCUGAAAACUGGGGGAAAGGUAGUUGGAGGAGAUAGCACAGUUUGUUCAGAAGUUCUUGAGUUUGUGAGACUGCAUGCCACCAUGAGGAGGAGCUCGGAUAAAGAAGACAACAUAUCAGAGAUGGAUCCAGACCUGCUCCCAAGGCAGAAGCUGAUUGUACUGUGCUUGAAUGUCAUCGGCACCAUGGAGAUGGGCUUACAACAAGGAGCCUUGGCAGCAUUGUCAGAACUCGCCAGGUGUGCCAAUGGUGAUGAAUGUGCCACCACAGUGACCAACGAGGAAAUUUUUGAGCUUCUCAAAGCUCUGGAAUCUCCUUGCAUGGCAGUCCGAGAGGCAGCUCUGCAGUGCCUCCAAGAGCUGCAUGAAGUCCUUCCUGGAAUGGAUGAGGACUUUACUAUGUGGAUUCAAAUUGCUAAACGAGUUUGGAUUGCUUGUCAUGAUGUAGAUGAAACCAUCCAGAGCCUGGCAAAAUCCCUGCGAGCUGACCUUGAGAUGGAAGAGGCCCACUCAGAACUGAGUGGAAUGAUCAUCGAGGACGUCAGCCAUGAUGUGGAUAUUAUUCGGCGAGCAGCAGGAGGUGCUCUGGCUGAAGCAUUGACAAAACAUCCUGACCAGGUGCCGGUUGUCUUGACGCAGCUGCUUGACCUGUAUAACCAGCAGAACUAUCUGCCUCCUGUACAACUAGACCCACUAGGGCGCAAGAUAGAGGAACAAUCCCCUGACCAGUGGACAUCUAGAUCAGGUGUUGCUCUGGCCCUAGCUGAUUUGGCUCCACUGUUGCCUCAGGACCAGAUCCGACCUCUGUUUGAUUUCUUCGUUCCAACAGCUUUGGGUGAUCGAUCACCAGAAGUACGCUCCCAUAUGCGUGAUGCUGCCCUUGCGACAAUUAAUUCUCAUGGCAAGGAGAAUGUCAACAUGCUCCUACCAGUGUUUGAAAACUUCCUUGCAACUGCACCAGACACAGCCAGCAAUGACACCGUGCGGCAGAGCAUUGUUAUCCUCAUGGGAAACCUUGCCAAGCAUCUUGACCCAGACAACCCUAAAGUCCGACCAAUCGUUGCUCAGCUGAUCUCUGCACUUUCAACUCCCUCUCAAGAGGUUCAGGAAGCAGUUGCUAAUUGCUUACCACCAUUAGUGCCGUCCAUCAAGCAAGGUGCACCUGAACUGGUGCAGCGACUGCUGAUGUUGCUGCUGGAGUCGGACAACUUUGGUGAGCGUAAAGGUGCAGCUUAUGGCCUGGCUGGCCUGGUCAAGGGCAUGGGCAUUCUGGCCUUAAAGCAGCAGCAGGUCAUGGACACGCUCACCAAUGCAAUUCAGGACAAGAAGAGUCCCCGCAAAAGAGAAGGAGCCUUGCUAGCAUUCGAGAUGCUGUGCAAUAUGCUGGGUCGUCUGUUUGAGCCUUACAUUGUGCAUAUCAUCCAGCAUUUAUUGCUGUGCUUUGGUGAUGGUAACCAGUAUGUCCGAGAGGCAGCGGAUGAAUGUGCCAAAGCUGUGAUGCGGAACUUAAGUGCACAUGGUGUCAAACUUGUGUUGCCUUCUCUGCUUCGUGGACUUGAGGAAGACUCAUGGAGGACAAAGGCUGGAUCAGUGGAGCUGCUGGGAGCCAUGGCAUUUUGUGCACCAAAGCAGUUGUCAGCAUGUCUUCCCAGCAUUGUACCCAAACUGACAGAGGUGCUGACAGACUCUCAUGUCAAGGUGCAGCAUGCAGGAUCCCAGGCACUGCAACAGAUUGGAUCUGUUAUUAGGAACCCUGAGAUACAAGCCAUUGUCCCAAUCCUGCUGGAGGCACUGCAGGAACCCACAAAGAGGACAACAGUGUGUCUGCAGAAGCUGCUGGCCACAAAAUUUGUGCAUUUCGUAGACGCUCCUUCUCUUGCCCUCAUUAUGCCAGUUAUUCAGCGUGCAUUUCAGGAUCGUGUUACCGAGACACGUAAAAUGGCAGCACAGAUCAUGGGCAACAUGUACUCUUUGACAGAUCAGAAGGAUUUGGCGCCUUACCUUCCAUCAGUCAUCCCUGGUCUAAAGCAAUGUCUGCUGGAUCCUGUACCAGAGGUACGCAGUGUAUCAGCCCGGGCGCUGGGUGCCAUGGUUAAAGGCAUGGGCGAGGGAACUUUUGAUGACCUUCUUCCUUGGCUUAUGGAGAAACUAGUAUCAGAAAACAGUUCCGUAGACAGAUCUGGAGCUGCCCAAGGUCUCAGUGAGGUGAUAGGAGGCAUGGGACUGGAAAAACUGCAGAAAUUGAUGGGUGACAUCAUCACGACCGCCGAACGGGUGGACUUGAUGCCACACGUCCGUGACGGCUAUAUCAUGACCUACAUUUAUUUGCCGGCUGUCUUUGGCACUGACUUUGCUCAGUAUGUUGGCCCAAUUCUGCCCUCCAUUUUACAGGCUCUUGCGGAUGAGAGUGAAUUUGUCAGAGAUACAGCACUCCGUGCUGGACAGAGAAUAAUUUCACAGUAUGCUGACACAGCCAUUGAAUUAUUGCUGCCAGAACUAGAGCGGGGCUUGUUUGACGACAAUUGGCGCAUUCGCUUCUCUUCUGUGCAGUUGCUUGGAGAUCUGCUGUACAAGGUUUCUGGCGUCUCAGGUAAAAUGAGUACAGAAACAGCAGAUGAAGAUGACAAUUUUGGAACAGAGUCUUCUCAUCAGGCCAUAAUGGGAGCUUUAGGUUCUGAUCGCCGCAAUCGUGUCCUGUCUGGCUUGUACAUGGGUCGCUCUGACACAGCGCUGAUGGUGCGUCAGUCAGCCCUGCAUGUGUGGAAGGUCAUAGUACACAACACACCUCGCACUCUGAAGGAAAUCCUGCCAACCCUCUUCUCUUUGCUUCUGGGUUGUUUGGCUAGCACCAGUCAUGACAAACGCACGGUGGCUGCAAGAACCCUAGGAGACAUAGUGCGAAAGCUUGGAGAGCGAGUGCUGCCAGAAAUCAUCCCUAUCCUGGAGAAAGGUCUCGACUCAGAAGAGGCUGACCAGCGUCAAGGAGUUUGCAUUGGGCUUACAGAAAUCAUGGGCUCCACAAGUCGUGAUCAUGUGAUCGUCUUUGCUGACAGCUUGAUUCCAACAGUUCGUCGUGCACUGUGUGACCCUCUACCUGAGGUUAGGCAGGUGGCUUCCCAUACCUUUGACCAUCUGCAUUCUAACAUUGGACAGAGGGCUCUAGAUGAAAUCCUUCCUUACCUUCUUGAGCAGCUGGUGAAUCAAAGUAUGUCAGACCGUGCAUUAGAUGGGCUGAAGCAAGUCAUGUCAGUCAAGAGCAAGGUUGUUCUGCCAUAUCUCGUCCCUCAGCUGACGGCACCUCCUGUUAACACAAAAGCUUUGUCACUGUUGACAUCAGCAGCAGGUGAUGCUUUAACUCGCCACCUGGGUAAAAUCUUACCAGCCCUCAUGUCUUCCCUGAGCCAGAAGAUUGGCAUGCCAGAUGAAGAGCAGGAACUUGAGUACUGCAAAAAGGUGGUGCUGUCGGUGCAUGAUGAUAUUGGGGUCCGCACCAUUAUGGAAGACUUGCUCAGCACCAUGGCAGCAGCUGGCUCUGGAAAUGCAAAGCACAUUGCACUGUCCUGGGCAGCUGUGACAAUGCUACAGGCUUUCUGUAGUCACACACAGGCAGAUUACUCUGAAUAUCUACCACAACUAUUCCGUGGUCUGAUCCAGCUUUUUAUUCAGACAGAUGAACCGCUGCUGGUGGCAGCUUGGUCGUGUCUUGAUGCUAUCACAAAGAAACUGGAUGCUAGUGAUAUGGUAUCUCACAUUGUCAGCGUACGGCAGGCUGUCAAGUUUGCCCUUUCUGACUUCAAGGGCAAAGAAUUACCUGGGUUCAGCAUCCCUAAGAAGGGCAUAGCACCACUUCUUCCCUUGUUUCGAGAAGGUAUCCUGAAUGGAACACAAGAAAUCAAGGAAGCAGCUGCUAUCGGAUUGGGUGAACUGAUUGCUCUGACCAGUGCAGAAGCUCUCAAACCAUCUGUGGUCAAUAUCACAGGCCCACUGAUUCGUAUCCUUGGUGAUCGCUUCACAUGGAACGUGAAAGUGGCUGUCCUGGAAACACUGACAUUGCUUCUGAGCAAGGUUGGCAUGAUGUUAAAGCCUUUCCUACCCCAGCUGCAGACCACAUUUGUCAAAGCCCUGAAUGACCCCAACCGGUCUGUGCGACUUAUGGCAGCUGCUGCUUUAGGCAAGCUUAUCGUAAUUCAUGUACGCGUGGACCCACUGUUCACUGAGCUGUAUACAGGUGUCAAAGCAGCAGAUGAUGCAAGCAUCAAAGAUACUUUCCUACAAGCUCUUCGGUACUGCAUCCAAGGUUCUGGAUCCAAGAUGGCUGAUACUCUAAGGAAGCAAAUUCUUCAGACUCUGCAGUCCCUGCUCAGUUUCUCAGAAGACAGCACACGCACAACAGCUGCAGGAUGUUUUGGCUCGCUUUGUACAGUCUUACCGGAUGCUGAACUGUCUGAAGUCAUGAUUGACCAGUUAUUAGAUAUAGAUCCCAGUACUGACUGGACUUUAAGGCAUGGCCGCAGCUGUGCCCUAAGUGUUGCUUUAAAGGAGUGCCCACAACGAUUAUGGACACCUGAACUCAAGAAGACGAUUACACACACUGUGACUCAGCUAGCUAAUGCAGACAGAAUUCCUAUUUGCCUCAGUGGGGUGAGAAGUGUGGGCUUUCUUCUCAGAUACUUGGUGGAACAGGGGGACAACUCCUCAGAUAUUUCAGAACUGGUUGCAAUUCUAGUCAAGAGCCUCAAGUCUGAUGCCAACGAUGUCAAACAACUGGUAGGACAGAUGCUGACCUAUGUUGGUGAGGCUGCUUUGCCAGGUGCCAGCAGUGGGAGAGGCACAGGUGAUGGGACUGUUUGUAUUAGCACCAGUAUUCUCCGCAUGCUGGUGCCAGCCUUGGUGAUGGGAACGAAGGAGAAGAACACCAUGGUCCGUGUGGCGUGUGAGACAGCACUGGUGACGCUGCUGCAGCUGAGACAAGGGGACAGUCUGUAUCAGAACACCAUAUCAGUUUUGGAAUCAGGGAUGCAGGACUCCUUGAAGGAAGUUUACACCAAAUCUCUGAAGAAACUGGCUUCACAGAAUGAGCCUGGCUUCGAUAACAUUGAUGACACCGUCCUGAGAUAAACACUUCACUCGUAGCAGAUGGGAUGACGGUAUAGAUCCAUAUCUUCGGAUCCCUGACUGGCAGUGGAUUUUCAGAUUGCUACAUGCAUGCGACUUGCAAGAAGAAGCAUGUUGUAGUAAAGUGUUCUGUGGGAAGGAUAACACAAGUAGUGUACAGCCACUGCAAGAGAUCUUGCGUGGGUCUCUGACUUUUUUAAUGAAGCAAGAGUUUGCUCUUGAGCAUCCCUUUCAAGAUUUCAUAGUGUUGAGUUGAAUUGAAUUUUUUAAAAAAAAGAAAGCAUCUUUUGGCAUUUGACUAUUUGGAAGAAAAAACCAGCAAUGUCUACAAAUGUCUUAUUGUCUUACCAUCAAAUGUGCAGUCGUGACAAGUUACUGACUUAUGUCAUGCGGAGGUGCUUGAUAUCUAGCUUAAUAAAAUAUGUUAUGGGAAAAUAAUUGCCUUUUUGCGCCAUUUAUUUCAAGAAUUUAUCUUUGUAAGUUAAAAGAUUCUUUUGCUUCUGGACUAGAUUAUUCUGAUUUAUGAAAACUUAAAAUUACUUUCAUUUUGAAAAUGAUAAAGUGACUCCCCACAUUUUAAAAGUGCUUAAAAUCCAGAAGGCGUGUUCUCUCCAAUAUUUUUUUAAUAAUGUUUUUUUUUAAAUGUCUUGUUCCAUUAAUUUCAAAAUAAAAUGUGCCCAUUUCUCAACAAGGCUUUAAAAAUCAUGGCAAUGAGAAUGCCCCUAAAAUGUUGCUCCUUUUGUGAUUGCAAAAAAGAAUGCCCCCAUAUUCCUUUUAGUUUUUGAAUUACUGAAAGUGACACAUCAUUAGUUCAAGUUGGGAACUUGGUAAGGCUUGGGUUGCUUGAGUAUUUGAAGAGUCUAUUCACUGGUUAAAUUUGAUCCUUAGUUUCAGCAAAAAGUAAAAGGGAAAAAAAAGAUGUGAAUACUUGUGCAAACCAGUUUUGAGAAGGUCUGCUGUUAUUUUUUACUGUCAGUCUUUUAAACACAACAUUUAGUAAUUAUGACGUGCUCCUUGUGAAAGUGGACAUGUUAUUAUCCAGUGGACAGCUUGAUAUUACUGUGGACGUGAUAUUUGUUACCUGUGAUUUCCUCAGUUUCUUGGUUGUCUGCUCUUUAGGGGGGGGGAAAGCAGGUUUGGAAGGAGUUAAUUGUUUUCAUCAUGAUUAUCUUUUUUGGGAUACAGUUAAGAAUUUUAAACAUUUGUAUCAAAACAGCGCUGUUUUGUGGUGCAUUUCUCUUUGUGAUUUUAUAUUUUGUGGGUAGGAACAUGCACAUGCAAUGUAUCCUCCCAGCAGCUUUUGGUAGUUUCUGUUAGUAAACCCAUUUCUUUCUAAAUUUCAAAAAAUUGAGGAAGCAGUAUAUGCUGGAUGCACUAGAUUUGGGGAACAAAAUCCAGUAAUUUGUCAUCGAGGGUUCAGGUAGUCAGGUACAGACUGGUAUGUUCAGAGUGAAUGACUGUUCAUUAUUUUGUGAAAGCUGUGGGGAGUAUGAGUCUAGCUGUCUGCUUUUUCUGGUAUGUUUUCCUGCGUUUGAUUGAUAACUGGCCUAUUUGCUGAUGACUGUAUAGAGAAUGGCAAAUAAAUGAUACCACACUGUA